ACAACAACAAUUCGGUUCCGGGAGCGAAAUUGCUGCAAAAGUCUAACUUCAGACACUUUCACCGCGCGUGGAGAAGUUUGUGGGAACCUCCCCUUUUAAACACGCAAAGGUCGUCUGUGUUUCGGGUGUAGUGGACCCGGGACUGAAGCUACAGCUGCUUUUUGACUGGAGGUUCGAGUCUGCCUCCCUGGGCGCAGGAGGUCCGACUAGUCGCUGGGUGGUGGUGGAGGAAUGACCGCGUUGGCUGGGUCAUACCCCAGGAUGAUGCGACCCACGCUGCCUCAGAACUACCCACGCACGGGCUUCCCCCUGGAAGUCUCCACUCCGCUGGGUCAAGGCCGUGUGAACCAGCUCGGAGGAGUCUUCAUCAAUGGCAGGCCUUUACCCAACCACAUCCGACACAAGAUCGUGGAGAUGGCCCACCACGGCAUCAGGCCGUGCGUCAUCUCCCGUCAGCUGCGGGUCUCCCACGGAUGCGUCUCUAAAAUCCUGUGCCGGUACCAGGAGACAGGCUCCAUCAGACCCGGGGCGAUCGGUGGCAGCAAACCAAAACAGGGAACAACACCGGACCUAGAGAGGAGAAUAGAGGACUACAAGCGGGAAAACCCUGGUAUGUUUAGCUGGGAGAUUCGGGAUAAAUUACUGAAGGAUGGAUUAUGUGACCGCAACAACGUUCCUUCAGUGAGCUCCAUCAGCCGCAUCAUUCGGAAUAAGUUCGGGGGGAAAGGAGAGGACGACGAUGAUGAAGAUGAGAUUGUGAAGAAGGAGUUGGAGGAGAGCCGAGCCAAACACAGCAUCGAGGGAAUCCUGGGAGACAGAUCGAGUCACUCGGACGAGGGUUCAGACGUGGAGUCGGAGCCGGACCUGCCCCUCAAAAGAAAGCAGCGGAGAAGUCGGACCACGUUUACGACGGAGCAGCUGGAGGAGCUGGAGAGAGCUUUUGAGAGAACUCACUACCCUGACAUCUACACCCGGGAGGAGCUCGCGCAGAGGGCCAAACUUACAGAGGCCAGAGUGCAGGUUUGGUUCAGCAACAGGCGAGCAAGGUGGAGGAAGCAAGCAGGAGCCAAUCAGCUGAUGGCGUUCAAUCACCUGAUCCCAGGGGGUUUCCCGCCAUCCGCCAUGUCCAGCAUUCCUCCCUACCAACUCUCGGACACCACAUACCCUCCAUCAUCCAUUGCACAAGUCUCUGAACCUCCCAGCACAGUGCAUCGGCCGCAGCCGCUCCCUCCCUCCUCAGGCCACCAGGGGUCCAGCGGCGGAGGGCAGGGUGAGGGGAGCUCACCGUACUGUCUCGCAUCUGGACGUCACUCCUUCUCUGGAUACUCAGACAGCUUUGUGAGUCCCGGCGGGCCGACCAACCCCAUGAACCCCAUCGGAAAUGGACUCUCUCCACAGGUGAUGGGCCUCCUCAACCCCGGGGGUGUCCCACACCAGCCCCAAAGCGACUAUGCCAUCUCUCCUCUGACGGGUGGGCUGGAGCCCCCUGCUGGCAUGGCAGCCAGCUGCAGCCAGCGCAUGGACCACAUCAAGGGACUGGAGGGCCUCACCAGCGUCCCCUCCAUGUCAGCCUUGCCUUCUCUGCCCAGCUCCCAGUCCUACUGCCCGCCUUCCUACAGCUCGCCGGGCUACACUGUCGACCACGUGGCGUCCUACCAGUACGGCCAGUACGGACAAAGUAAGGUGCCAUUUCUUAUCUGAGGCCUGAGAUCACCUGAGCAGAUGGACGGAAGUGAACAGCCGGACCAAAAUGGAAAAAAAAUAAAGACAAUUGAUUAUUCUUGGUGGAUAAAAGGAACAAAGAAGGGACCACAAGAAGAAACAUCCGACCAAAAAAAAAAAUUGAAAUACUGUCGUGAAUCAUCUGGAUCAUGCUUUGAUGCAACAUAUGUGGAUGAAAAGACCAGGAAGUGGCCCGUAAAGACUCCAAAGCUUCAUGUUUACAUAUCGUAGGGUCGCAUGAGUACAUUAAAAAUUCCUUGUUUCACCAACUUAAUCUUCAAAUGACGUCUGCUGACAGGCGAGAAUGAGAAAAGGGCUUCGCUGAUCUUUUAUUGGACGUGGCAUUUAUUUGAGGUUUUUCAUCCCACACACGGAGCGGAAUUCCACUGGCACAGGAAAACAAAUAAAUAUGUGAAAUAUUAUUGCAUCAGGGAGCGCGACGCACACUGCAGCUGCACUCCUGGCUCUUUGGAGCUCCUUUGGAAUGGAGAGACGUGGACGCCAACCUUUUGUAGUCUCGGAGAUGACUCGCUGGAGGUCAGGGGUGACUCAAGAGAAAGUGACAGAUGAGAGAGGGCGGCGGUGAUGUGGCUUUAAAAGACCGAGGAGAAAGCGGAGAGGAAAGAGCGGGGGGAGGAUAAGCAAGAUCGAUCACAGGCUGAAAACUCUUUAAAGACUCGGCGAGAAAAAGCCACCAGGUCACAAGUCACGACCGAGAGACACUUGAGAGUCAGAGAGUUUUCGAUAAAAGAGCACCCAAGCUGACCAGAAGUGCAAUAUCAUGUAUCCGCGAGUCAUUGAACAAUAAAAAAAAGAAGUCUUAGCACACACUCUGGGAACAGCACACGUGCCUUUGAACACAGAGAAGUCACACAGUAUUCAAGGGAAUACUGGACGGAGGAUGUUGAGCGGCCAAGCCUUCGGAACAAUCACAAACUGUUCAGCAACUUAGCUUUACAUAUAUUGAAACAAGACAUCAGUUUCCAGAUGUAGAUGAAAUAUUCCCUUGAAUGAUUAAAUUGACUUUAAAAAGUUUUAUUUUUCUGAAAUUCAAAUCUUAAAGCAGAAGCAAACAAAGCUGCAUGGACUUAUUUGGCACUCCAGGGAAUUGUUUUUGAAUGAGCGCUGCAAUAUGUUACACUCUUGUUUAGUAAUUAAAUUCAAACACAAUUUCUGAAUUUAUAUACAUUUCAGAAUUUAUGAUAAGGAACAUGCAAUUGGGAAUGAUACAGCUUUGUGGUGGGACAUCUUAAGUUUAAAAUUAAAACAUAGACGCAUUUUUCCAAAUUACAUUUGCAGGAUUUAAGUCUGAAAAAUAAAGAAAACCAAUGAGAUAUCUGUAUUUUUUGUGAAAACGAAUUAAGGUCUGUAAAACAAAUUUACAUACAUUUGUUUUUGGCCCCUUUUCUCUGGCUGCCACCAUUGCAAGAGAGGGCACUUCUUAGCUUAGCACUGUAAAAGUUCAAUGUUCUAUAGGGAUAGAAACACAAAUCUAGCACUGCUCCAUUCAAGACAUGUUUUGGAAAGCUUGAUUCUUGUUUGAAUAUAUGUGCCAAAAACAAAACAUUUCCAAUUGAAAAACACAGUGACUGACGCGAAAAUAAUCAAAGCCAGUUAUCAGGAAAAACAAAGCCAAAACUAAGCUUGUAAAAAUUGUGUUUUUUUUUGUAUUUCAAUUGCCACGCUGCAUGAGUAGAAAGUGCAUUCCAGACAUAUUUAUUGUGACCAAUAUUCCUAAUAUCUGCAGAGCAAUAUUAAUAAACCAUUCCGAACUAGUGGCAGAGUUAAGAACACGUGUUCUGUUGUUAGACUGAAUCAUUUUAGUGCUUGAUAUAUUUUUUUGUA